CACCACUCGGAUUCGUAUUUCCUCUCCCUCGUUCCCUCCCUCCCAACAAACUAACGCAGCUGCAGCGCCUCCUCUCCUCUCCUCUCUACUGUUGAUUCCUCAACCAAGGACACUACUACGUAGCAGGUAGGUACCGCUAGCCAAGAGACCAAGGACACCGGCCGGCCAUGGCGACGCUCGAGGACCUGGGCGUCUCGGCCUUCAUCAACAUCCUCGGCGCCUUGGUCUUCCUCAUCCUCUUCGCCGUCCUCCGCAUCCAGCCCAUCAACGACCGCGUCUACUUCCCCAAGCUCUACCUCGCCCACAAGCGCGCCCACGACCACUCCUCCCGCUCCGCCGUCCGGAGGUUCGUCAACCUCAACCUCUGCACCUACAUCAGGUUCCUCAGCUGGGUGCCCGGCGCGCUUCGCAUGACCGAGACCGACCUCAUACACCACGCUGGACUCGACUCCGCCGUCUACCUUCGAAUCUACACACUCGGCCUUAAGAUAUUCUUGCCUAUCGCCGUUGUUGCAUUGCUGGUUCUUAUUCCAGUCAAUGUGUCUGGCGGCACGUUACUUGAUAUAAGAAAAGAAGUUGUUUUCAGUGAUAUCGAUAAGCUUUCCAUAUCAAAUGUUAGCCCUGGAUCCAACAGAUUCUUUAUUCAUCUUUUAAUGGCAUAUGUGUUCACAUUUUGGACGUGCUUUAUGCUGUACAAAGAAUACAGCAACGUGGCGUUUAUGAGAUUGCAUUUCUUGGCUUCUCAGAAGCGUUGUGCCGAUCAGUUCACAGUGAUUGUUAGAAACAUUCCUCAUGUUUCAAGCCAUUCGACAUCUGAAACGGUGGACGAGUUCUUCCGUAGGAACCAUCCAGAUCACUAUCUUGGUCAGCAGGCUGUUUACAAUGCAAACCGGUACGCUAAACUCGUGAAGAAAAGGGAGAGGCUCCAAAACUGGUUGGAUUACUACCAGCUGAAGUUUGAAAGGCAUCCAGACAGAAGACCAACUGGAAGGACAGGAUGCCUUGGCUUCUGUGGCAGGGAGGUGGAUCAAAUUGACUACUACCGGGCUAGAAUCAGCGAACUUGAGAAGAGGAUGGCAUCCGAGCGUCACAAAGUUCUCAAUGACCCAAAAGCUAUUAUGCCAGUUUCUUUUGUGACAUUUGACUCAAGAUGGGGUGCUGCUGUAUGUGCACAGACACAGCAGUCGAAGAACCCGACCCAAUGGCUAACUGACUGGGCUCCUGAACCGCGGGAUGUUUAUUGGCAGAAUCUUGCCAUCCCAUUUUUCUCUCUCAGUAUCCGCAGGUUUCUGAUAUCUGUUGCGGUCUUUGCUUUAGUAUUCUUCUACAUGAUACCAAUUGCAUUCGUGCAAUCACUGGCCAAUCUCGAGGGUCUUGAAAAAGUUGCUCCUUUUCUGAGGCCAGUAAUAGAUGUAAAAGUUGUAAAAUCUUUCCUGCAGGGGUUUCUUCCCGGUCUGGCUUUGAAGAUCUUUCUCUAUAUCCUCCCUACAGUUCUGAUGAUUAUGUCAAAAGUUGAAGGAUAUGCCUCUUUAUCAUCGCUGGAAAGAAGGACUGCUUCGAAAUAUUAUUACUUCAUGCUGGUGAAUGUAUUCCUUGGAAGCAUAAUCGCUGGCACAGCAUUUGAACAGCUAUCUUCUUUUCUCCACGAGCCUCCUACACAAAUACCAAGGACCAUUGGAGUGGCUAUACCAAUGAAGGCUACAUUUUUCAUGACGUACAUAAUGGUUGAUGGCUGGGCUGGUAUCGCUAACGAGAUUCUUCGAGUGAAGCCACUGGUAAUAUACCAUCUGAAGAACAUGUUUAUCGUGAAGACGGAGAGGGACAGGGAGAAGGCAAUGGAUCCGGGCAGCAUCGGACUUGGAGAAAACCUUCCAUCCCUGCAGUUGUAUUUUCUCCUUGGACUCGUAUACGCUGUUGUGACACCCAUUCUCCUCCCGUUCAUAAUCAUCUUCUUCACCUUUGCUUUCCUUGUCUACAGACACCAGAUCAUCAAUGUGUACAAUCAGGAAUAUGAGAGCGCAGCUGCAUUUUGGCCUCAGGUGCAUUCUCGCAUAAUAGCGAGCCUUUUGAUCUCCCAUGUAACUCUGUUUGGGUUGCUGAGCACAAUGAAAGCUGCCUACUCUACCCCUCUGCUCAUCUUCCUGCCACUGCUGACGAUAUGGUUCCACAAGUACUGCAAAAGCCGGUUCGAACCUGCUUUCCGGAAGUAUCCUCUAGAGGAAGCAAUGGAGAAGGACAACAUGGAGCGUGCGUCAGAACCUAACCUGAACCUUAAGUCCUACUUGGCUAACGCUUAUUUGCACCCCAUUUUCCAUCUCUUCGAGGAAGCAGACAAAGAGGAGACGGUAGAGGUGAGAAUUGACAAAGCCCAGCAGCAGCAGCAACAGCAUCACCAUUAUCGUCAGGAGGAGGAGACUCAUGUGAGAAGCUCAUCACAGUAUCACGAGGAGACUCACUUCAGGAGCACACAUGAGACGCAGUACCAUGAUGAGAGCCAUGUCCGGAGCAGCCACUAUCAUGAGGGGAUUCACGUGAGGAGCGAUACGGAUUCGCCAUCGCCAUCGCCACCGCAUUUCGUCUAUCACUACGACAUCGAGCCUUGAUGAUGCUGAGAGGCAGUCGUCUCUAACUUGAUUUGGUAUUUCUGGUUGUUUUGUGAAUGCUUCUCUUAGUUACCCUACCACCCCCAGAGGAAGAGGAUGCUGAACUGCUGAUAAUUGAUAAUUUUUUCGAUGUACAUGCGAGUGCGUAGUGUGGUAGGAACUGUAAAACCUGCUAUGUCGUGGCUGAACACAUUGAUUCCCUCCCUCCAGCAAAAUGAUGAGGAAUCAGUUACCA